AUGGUACACGCACCUGAAGUGAACGACUAUGUCAAAUCAAGAGCCAAGCAAAUGGAUGAAGUAUCAGACAAGAUCGAUGAGGUGAAUUUAUUGAAACUCAAAGCGUCAAUGGCAGCGGCAGGAAAGACAGAAGAAGAAAUCAGUAUCGAAUUUGACGGUGAAAGUAAAUUUGAUAGCGAAAAAGAUAAAUCCACUUUUAGACAAUAUGAAAAUGCUUGUGAUCGUGUCAAGAACUUCUAUGCUGAACAACACACCAAGCAAACACUUGAAUACAAUUUACGUAUCCGUAAAGAGAUCCGUGAGACCGUUCGGGCUCGAAUGGGAAUAUGGGAAGCCCUUGAAUUACUCAAUACAUUGGUAGACGAGUCCGAUCCUGAUACAUCAGUCCCUCAAAUCGUCCAUGCUUUACAAGCAGCUGAAGCGGCUAGGAAAGAUGGUAAACCACAAUGGAUGCAAUUGACUUGUUUAAUUCACGAUCUUGGUAAACUGCUUUGUUUCUUCGGUGCGGAUGGUCAAUGGGAUGUUGUUGGAGAUACUUUCGUAGUGGGUUGUAAAUAUCCUGAAGAAAUUAUCUAUGGUUCAGAAUCAUUCAAGAACAACCCAGAUUAUUAUGACGAAAAAUUACAGACUGAAAAUGGUAUUUACGAACCUGGUUGUGGAUUGGAAAACGUUUUAAUAAGUCAUGGACAUGAUGAAUACCUGUAUCAAAUCUGCAAACAGCAAUCUAAAUUACCCAAAGAAGGUUUAUGGAUGAUCAGAUACCACUCAUUUUACCCAUGGCACAGAGCAGGAUCAAAUGCCUAUAGACAUUUAAUGGUACCAGAAGAUGAAGAAGCGUUGAAAGCUGUCCGAGCAUUCAACCCAUACGAUUUAUACUCCAAAUCAGACGCUCCUCCUGUAGUCGAAGAUCUCAAAGAGUAUUAUCAAAAUCUCAUCAAGAAAUACUUCCCAGAGGAAAUCGAGUGGUGA